UAGAGUUGGAAAGGACGCGACACGCUUCACAUUAUGUACGAAAGAUGUUUGCUGCUUCUGAAGUGUCCGCGCGGCGGCUCAUCGCCAUGAUUGUGGCGCCGAACCCUGCGAUCCCGAGCUGUGCCUCGCGCCCUUGUGCAACCUCGACAAGACGAAUGCGCCCGCAAAUAUUUGCUCUCGCCUGAGUGCCGCCUUCGAUGGACCCAGUACCUCAUACACUUGCUGAGCACCUCAAUUCACCCGAUUACAUGCGAAGCAACUAAAGCAGUCACAAUAGUCCGACUAUUCGUGCCCGAAGGAGAAGGAUAGCUCCCUCUCACACCAAAACACCCCAUGCCGUACCCCGCGGACUCCGGCUUCUACGUCUUCCCUUAUUUUAAGAAGGGGUCUAUAUGUGCUGGUGCCGUGACCGGUAUCCUAGCACUCGCGGGCAAAUGUCCACCAGGAACCUUCUUGAAAUUGGCGGCAUACACCAACUCAUUUUCCUUGACAGUGAGCGUGGCACAAUGGUACGCGUUCAGAGAUGUGCGCAAAGCCAACUUCACAAGAGCUGCUGUCGAGCCAAAACCUGCAAAGCUCUGGGAGAACAGCGACGGUUGGACUGUCGAUGACGCGGCGCUCCAAAUGUGCGCUAUUGGUAUUCUUGCUGCAUUGCGAAAGAAGACCUUCCCGGGCGUAACGGGGUGGAAGCGAUAUUUUGGAAUUGCGAGUACCAUGUCCGCUGUUCGAUUUAGCGGAGCGCUCUGGGCUUUUCACACGAGUACCCACCCACGCUUUGCAAAUUCCAGACAGCAGGUACUAUUGAGAGAUCAAGAGCUCCGCAGUCUCGCCCACGAUGAGAAGUUUACAGCCUCACUGUCACCAUUGGGGAAAUGGUAUCUGUCACACUUUGCGCACGACGAACAACAGCCAUCAGCCCAACAGCCUACUGUUCAACCAUGUAUGGCUACUUUUCCCCUGCCUUUCAACAACACUCCAGUGGAAGGACCCGAUUUAAAGGACGGCAUGCGAGUGUACCAACAGAGUCCAGACGUGACUGGCACUGUGGCUCUCCAGGAACACAUGGAUCAUCUCGACAAGCUAAGCACGGAGCUUGCCAUCGAGCUAGACUAUGUCUGGCAACACCUUGCCAAAAAGGAGCACUCCCUCUAUCAGAUGUCCGCGACGGAUGAGACCGAGGAUAUUGCGCGUCGGGAGCUUCAGCUGCUGAAUUCCAUCGCCCAGACACUUUGGCUACAGAGAGCAUGGUUCGAGUUCUAUCUCGCCGAUGCGCGCAAAAGCUACGGUCAGUUGAUGCAGCGGCGGUCGGGUCACCACGAGCCCUGGACGCCCGCACAGCGCGACGAGUACGGCGUAGACUAGCCGCGUCGUCACAGUCCGCACCUUGCACUGUCGUCGAUACGACGGCAUUGGGAAAAGGUCAAGAUAAUACUCGCCAGCCUAGAGCAAGCUACGCAGGGCCGAAAUCCUCCUGUCGAGCUUCCGAAUGGGGCCGCAAACCCCUUGGAGCAAGUACGGAAGAAUGCUGAGGCAACUGAGCGUCUAUUGAAGGAAUUUGAGGGUCAAGUGCAAAAGGCUGAGCAGAUCGCUAGCAAUGUGGAGCUCCGCAGAUCGUCGUAGGCCAUCCGAUCGAGAGGAGCGGGUCUUUCUCUCCUUGUUUGUUUCUUUCCUCAUCAAUUAGCAUAACACCAGGGCUGAACCUUGGGAGCCCCCAAGUCCCCACUCGCCUGCCGACUCAGCAAAGAAACUCAACCAUACUGUGGCUGGUGGCAUGGUGAGCCUAGUCUGGUUCGUGUGGCAGGGACGGCUCGUCAGGGCGGAAAGAGAGGAAAGGAUCCUAGAAUGAACUG